UUUGAAGGAAAUUUUUGGACUGUCUUUGAUAUCUUCGAUCGAAUUUGAGUCAGUUUCAGUUUCUGGUGUCGUGGGUCAGGUCCUCAGCGGUGACUGUUACCUGUCUAUAUUCAACUCCCAGCUACAAAAUGUACGCUGGUUUUCACAUCACAUUCAUCCUAGGAGCUAUCUGUACCGUGUACUCAUACAACCCUCCUUACAGAGAGUCAACAGUCUCUAUUAACACCAAAAAAUGGCUCCACACUGUCAGCGACAAAUUUGUCAGUUUAUCUGUCGAUCCACUUGUUCUCAUCAAAUCCGAAAAUUACGGAAAAGCUGCCCUGAACAUGGCGAAAACUUUAUCACCGGCUUACCUUCGAGUGGGAGGUCCCGGUUCUGACAAUUUCUCCUUCCAAUCAAAAAGUGAUGAACUUGACUUCAUGAGCAACACAACAGUCACUGCGAGUGAGUGGGUUUUACUCAAUGAGUUGCUUGAAGACGCUGGUUUGAACCUGAUAAUUUGUCUGAAUGGCAUUACGAGGGUUGAUGGUGUCUGGGACUCGCGGAACACCCUCCAGCUCGUCUCUUUCUCAGACCGUCGCGGUUACAACAUGGACUUCGAACUUGGCUACGAAUCUCAAUGGACCGUGGCAGAAGGGGGCACCUCCCCGGGCGCCGAGAUGGGACGAGAUAUCGUGAGGCUUCGCAAAAUCUUGGACUCAUACCCCCGCUACACUCCCUCGAUGAUCAUCGGACCUGACCUAACCAGACUCGUCAAAUCUGAAGACGUUGCCUUCGCCCGGAACUACUUGCACGAAGCUGGAAACUCCCUGUCCGCUCUGACGUUACAUCCCCGAUUUUCAAGUUCCUUAAAAGCAGAAGAGGAUCCAAGCAUGGAAAUGUUGCAAAUGAUCGCUCAAUUGGAGACCAACGUUUGGGGGAAAGACAUGCUGGCACGCCUCUCCGGAAAAGCACCUCCAAGGAAACCCAUUUGGAUAGCCGAAUCAAGGACCAAAGAAGCACCUCCGCAAUUCAAGGAUGCCAUCAACUGGCUGCGACGAUUAGGUGCUGCUGCCAAGUUAGGAGUCCAAGUUAUGAUGUCUCAGCCCCAUCCAUCCUCGUUCACCAACCCCACCCCUGAUUUUUGGAUGAUGACGUUACACAAGGCUCUCGUUGGCAGACAAGUUUUGGAUUCGAAAUUGAUAUCCGGUAACAAAACAAUGAUCGAAGCUUACAGCCACUGCACGCAGACUGUCCACAACCCAGACACAACGAUUUUGGAUGACACUCUUGUCAAGUACGAAAAAGGAGCUGUGACACUUUUUGGAGUGAACAUGGCAGAUGAGAAGAUCCGACUGAAUCUGAAGGUCAACAUUAAAGAGGAAGAAAUCCACAAAUAUAUUUUAACCGAAGGAAAGGACCCAGCGACUGGAGAGAGAAUCACUCUAUUCAACAACCAAAAAUUGACCUUGUCUCCUGACGGCGAGAUCCCGAUACUGACCCCUAAGAUCCGGAAACCAAACCGAUCCCUGGCGCUGACCCUCCCGGCCAAGUCCAUCUUUUUCGUCGUAAUUCCGGACAUCAAGGCUCGAACUUGCAUGCUACCACUCAGCGCCUUCUUGGAGGACACCGCUCAGGCGCAGGCAAAGGCCCCAGUCCAAGAAGACGUAAUUGAGAGUGUUUCAGUGGAGGAAAAACGGCCGGCCAGCGAGGAAUCGACUGAAAGCAACGAGGUGUUUGUCUCCUUCCGGAGCCCAAUGUUCGCGGAUAAAUCUCUCUCGAAGAUGCUCAGCCACAAGGAUAAGUUCGGCAAAUCCACCAAGAAGUCCUCCGACCCUAAAGCCGAACCAGAGCCAAUCGUCAAGUACAUCACCUUCUCCGACAAUAAUUGGUUAUCCGACUUCCCGAAGAAGAUAGACGUCGCGGCCGCGAAGGAAGAGGACGAUGACUCCCUCAUGGCAGUCGAAGAGCCCGUCCCAGCAAGCUUCAUCCCCUACGGACACACCCUCGAGGCAGAGACACCCGCGUCGAGACGCGAGAAGUACAAGAUCUUCACCGACGCCGUUUUCGGGCGACGCAACAUCUCCAGCAGCGACUCCUCUUACACGGACGCCAACAACCUCGCCCGCUCGAGACCAGCCCGGCACAUCGACCUCAAGGCCAAGGAAGAGGCUCGCGAGAACUCAGUCCGCAAGACCCCCAAAUUGAGCGACAGCAUGUCCAAGUUGGGCCAAUUCCUCGACGAGAACAGGAUCCACCACAUCCGCAAAGAGAGGAUACAGAAGACCCACGCCGAUGCCCCGAUAUUCGAAGAGCUAGAGAGCCAGGAGGCAGUCCCUGUCAGCACCCUCAAGAGCGAAGGGCUCAAGAGACUGAACACCAUCGACACGAAGCACAAGGUGGAGCCAGAGCACAAACGGAAACCAAGGGGCUUAUCUUUGCAAGACGAGUUCUUCAUGAAGCUACUCCUGGAUCUGGAUCUCUACGAACGCAUGGAGGAUGACCAGAAACCCGAAGGAUCGAGGACCAAAAGAGAAAUCGCCCAGAGCGGGAAAUCGAACUCCAACGCCCUCAAAAGCACCUACGACGAGUCGAAGGACAACAUCUUGAGGAUCAUCCGUGAGGAGCGUGGAAGCAAGGUCAACGGCGGAAGACCGAAGCGAGCGCUAUCUGACGAGCAAAAAGCUAAGCUUGAGAGCUAUUUGAGCGAGGUCAGAGAGAAGUACGCUGUCGCUGCCGCUGCUGCGAAGAACAAGAGCGGAGAAAAGGUCUCAAGAGGCAAGCCUGAGAAGGUUAGUUUUGCGAGAGUAGAGAAAUUGAGCUAUGCCAGAGGAGGCGCAAAAGAAGAGAAGGUUGGUCGCGCCAGAGGAGAACCCAAAGAGGAAAGGGUUGGUCGUGCUAGGGUACCACCCAGGGAGGAAAGAGUUGGCUAUGCCCGAAGACAGCAGGAGGAGAAGGUUAGUUACGCUAAGGACUCAGCUAAGGAAGAGAAGACACCGAAGGAAGACAACCUUGGAUCCGCUUAUGACGCGCCAAAAGAGGAGAAAGAAGCGACGCUGGAAGAAAGAAUCAGCGCUGCCAGGGAAGCUGCCCUUGAAGAGAAACUUACCCGAGAAGCAGCACGAGAGGAGAAGCUCAAUUCCAUCAGGGAGGCUAAAGAAGACAAACUUGGACACCCGAAGGACGGAGAGCAAGAGGAGAAGCCAACAGAGGCACCGAAGGAAGAGAAGGUUGGCAAAUCAUCGACGAAAGGAGAAAAGGUUGGUUACGCCAGAGGAGCACCAAAAGAGGAGAGAUUAAGCUAUGCUAGGAGAGUGGGUGGCGAAGAAAAGAUUGGUUCCACGGGGCAGCCCGCGAAAGAAGAGAAGGUAGCCUCUGGGAAAGACGCGAAAGAGGAUAAAGUUUCACGCCCAAGAGUUGGAUCCACGAAGGAAGAGGAAAAGGAUGAAUCAGAAGAACCAAUUGUGUCUCCGAUCAAGUCACGUCACGGAGUAGAAGGAACCCUCGGCGAGAUCGCUCAGAUCAGCAGAGAGAAAAUCAUGCAGGCCGUGAAAGAGAAGGCAGAGAAUUUGAUAUCAAGCAUGAGGAACAAAGAGGCCGCUCAAAGCGUCGGUGCGAAAGAGGCUAAAGAGGAAACUCCUGAGACGAAGGUGGAGGACAAACCCGCGAAAUCUGAGCCUGCGGUCGGUGCCAGCAAGAAAGAAUCAGAAAAAUCGUCCAAGGAAGAAUCGGCUACCGGCGCUGCUGAACGCAUAGGAUCGCCAAGAGUGCGAUCAUCAAGGGUGCGAGCUCAAACUCCGAAGGCAGGUGAGGAGAAAGAGACCGAGAAGAAGGACGGAGAAGCGAAUAAAGUGGGAAAGGAGCGAGAGCCGAAGGUCGGCAAGGAACGGGAGUCCAACGUUGGCAAAGAACGGGAGUCCAAGGUCGGCAAAGAACGGGAAUCCAAGGUCGGCAAAGAACGGGAAUCCAAGGUCGGCAAAGAACGCGAAUCCAAGGUUGGCAAAGAAAAGGAAUCGAAGGCCGGCAAAAAGGACGACGAGAAGACGGAAACUGAGAAAGUGGGUAGCCAGCACUACAAAGUAGGCAGCGAGCGGGAGGACAAAUCAGAGCACGAGAAAGAAAAGUCCGAAUCCGUCGCGUCCGAGAAAUCCACCGUCGCCGCAACGGAGGCCCAACCGGCGACGUCGAACAGCGAGCAGCCCGCUGAGACCGCGAAGCCGUCACGUUUGGGUAAAUCCCGACGCGCGAAACGUGAGAUGAAUUCCUUCCAGCACAGCUUCCGCUACCCCUACACCGUGAAAAACUACGCUGACUACGCUGAAUACAUAAAAAAGGGAGCCAUAGAAAGGAUGGAGAGCUCGGUUUAUGACGCCCCGAAAAUGAUCGAUAGAGAUCCAGUUUGGCGGACGAAUAUGCCCUCGAAAUUGCAUCAAAUCUACCCCGGUUACUACGUCCAAGGUGCGCCCUCUAAAACAGAAAAUGCCAGGUCGAUCCAUUCUGAAACCUUUCGUAAUACUGUAUCAAAAGUCCCCGUGGCCUCUAGCUUUCAAUCCGAGUCAUACGAAGCGUCACCUGAAGUUCCCUACAAUCACAAAAUGAGCAACAAGUUGUACUCCAAUAAACCGAGUCAAAAACCAGGUAAAACGGUCGUAGUGCAAGUGUUCGACGAGAGCGGUAAGAAGAUAGCCAACGAGGUUUAUAGCUCGUUGCAUGAUUACCUUUACCCGGUUAACUACAAUAAAUAUUUGGCACAGAAUCUUCCCAGACCGAGCAUCUCGAAUGAUGAUUAUCUGCAGACAUUGGACUCGAAGUCCAUCGACGACCCCAGCGUUGAACUCACCGCUGACGACUCCACGGAAAAUUUCGCCUCCGACGCCGAUAGGUCCAUCAAAGAGCUGGUCAACGCGAUGAACAAAAUCAUGGCCGGCGAUCUGGCCGACGCAAAAGCCGCCACAGUGUACUCAACGGAAAACAGGGAUUUUUCAAGGGCAAGCGAGUCAGCGGGUUCCUCAAGUGAGUCAUCGGAACAAUAUGAUGAGUCAUCAGUAUGCGUUAAUGACGAAAGCAACGAGAGUGAUGCACAACUGCAAGCCCCCCAUGAUGUUACCUCCACCACCCCUCAAUUUCCAAAAUCCGCAAUUUUGACCUCAACAACUGCAAAUCCUAUCCCGAUGUAUAACCUCAGAGCAUCCGGCUCUACCACUUUUCCACCUGGUAUUUUGACCACCACCCCAGCUUACAAGUUCACAACAAAAUUUGCCGACGAAAUUUCAACCACCACUACGUCAACCCCUAAAUUUGAAACCGCAACGACUGAAUUCUCAAAAAUCCCCUCCACGACAGCUUCCCCCUCAACGACCCCAGGGGAUUUUUUUGGAACUACUUUGACCACCGAGACCACAGCAACAUCCAGCAGCGAUGAGAUGACACUAAUGACGUCACCGAUGACCACCCCCACACCGAACGACCCCUCAACAACUUCGAAAGCACCGACGAUAUUUUUGCCCUACGAAGAUGACUCAAUCGGUCAUUUAUUGCGUUUCAGGCGAGAACUUCACUGGUUGAAAAAUAACGAAAUCACCUCAAAAUCAAGCGAGAAUCUGUCGACUGCCAAACCCAAGGACGACAUCGAGUUGUUGACGAAUGAGGUAUUGACAACUGGCGCUGCCUUCAUUAAAGAGACCAAACAGGCUUCGAAAAAAGAUGACCCUGUAUUCACGUCUGUCCUUCAAAAGCACUACGAUAUCAUGAUGUCCAAGAACCCCAAGUUUAUGACGACGAAAAAAAUGGACGUGUCAACAACCAAUGAUAUCCAGUCCAGUUUUCCUAAAACUGAUACCGUGAUCCAGAAAAUUGAUAAGAAGAUCCAGGAGCAAGUUGAGGCUGGGAAGAAAGGCUUAUCACCAGAGGACGCUGCUAAUGAGGCUUACGUAUCGUUUUUGGCGGCCCUAGCAAACCAGCUGACCAAUUUAAUUGGUCAACUUCAGAACAGUUUUUUCUACAAGCAGGUAAUGGGGAUGUUCCAAACGUGAGGGUCACAUUAGGUAAUAAUUUGGCUGGAAUUUUGAUGCGGUAUUGUCAAAAGUUUUUAGAGUUUCUUACUCGUAUUUCUUCGUAAACGUCUAAUUUGCAUUUUUUACUUCGUAUUAAUAUACGAAAAAAAUGAAAUGAAAAAAAUUCAUCCUGAUUAAGAAUAAUAUACAAAUAGAAAUCUGUGCUCAGCACAAAAACCAAAAAUAUCAGUUUAUCACAUUAUUUUCUUGCACCACGGAGGUUAAACUUAGAACUGCAAGUUUAAUUUCACGAGCAGAAAAUUUUGUUGAGAUGUGAACGCAUAACUGCAUCAAGAUUCCAAAGAAUAUAUUGUUGUCAUGCUGAGUGAGAUUGAAUCUAAUUUAUUAAUGUUAUUUCAAAACAUUUUUUUAAAUUGUAUGUAAGUAUUGUAAAUAUUUUUAAAAUAUAAUUUUUAUACGUUUA